CUCUCUUUCAGUUUUAUAUAAACAGUAGAAUAAUGACUGUGUGUAAAUUCUUUCUUGAAAACCGUUGUACUUAUGGAAAUAAUUGUAAAUUCGAACACAUUAAACUAUCAUACAAUGAAGCCUCCAUUCGCAAAGAUAUCAAGGAAGAAAAACCUAUUUGGGCAUUAUCUGUUUAUGGUCCAGCUAAAGGUGAACCCAAUUUGAUCGUCGGUACAGACCGUAGUCCUGAAGAAGAUCGAUUAGCUUAUUACAAUAGUAUGCGCUCAGUUGGCAAUGAUAGUCAAUAUUUACCAGGUUUCCAACAGAUUAACAGAGAUAUGGAUACACAACUUGCUGCUAUUCAGGGGAAUACAUCAGGUGCUAUUCAGCAUUACAACAAGGAAAAGGAAAAAUCACAAACAAGUGGUGGAUUUGGAGCUACUGCGACUUUAAACCAACCAUUUGCACCUUUUGUUGGAAAUCAAGGCGGAUUUGGUGCUUUUGGUCAAUCCUCUGCUUUUGGAAGUAAAACAACAACAAGCAAUACAACGUCUGCAUUCGGUUCUGGUGGAUCUGCUUUUGGUUCUAGUACUACAACACCAUUUGGAUCCACUUCUACGUUAGGUCAACCUGCAUCAACGUCUGCAUUUGGAUCCACUUCUGCCUUUGGAAAACCCGCAGCAACAACCACUUCAGCAUUUGGAACAACAUCUGCCUUUGGUCAACCUACAUCAGGAACUGCUUCUGCAUUUGGUAAACCUUCUGCAUUUGGUCAAGCAUCAACGACUACACCAACAGCAUCAGCAUUUGGAUCAGGUUCUGCUUUCGGUCAACCUACAUCAGCAUUUGGUCAGACGUCUAGUUUAGGUGGUGGAUCAGCAUUUGGACAAACAUCUAGUCUAGGUAGUGGAUCAGCAUUUGGACAGACGUCUAGUUUAGGAUCAGGUUCUGCUUUUGGACAAACAUCUAGUUUAGGAUCAGGUUCUGCUUUUGGUCAAACAUCUAGUUUAGGAUCAGGUUCUGCAUUUGGACAGACAUCUAGUUUAGGUGGUGGAUCAGCCUUUGGACAAACAUCUAGUUUAGGUGGUGGAACAGCGUUUGGACAAACGUCUAGUUUAGGUACACCAUCAUCAACUUCAACAACAACUGCUAAUGCUUUUGGACAACCCAGUACACCAUCAACAACAUCGUCUUCAUCGGCUUUCGGUAAUAUGACAUCACAAACUCCUUCGGCAUUUGGAUCAUCUACCAGUCAAACAACAUCAUUUGGCGUAUCGAAUGACUCUGUGACAAAGGAUGAUAUGCAAGCGUUUGCUGCACCAGUAUUUGAAUUUCAAGGCAUACCGGAAACAGAACCUCCAAUUGAAAUACGAUAGAAUACCCUAUUUAAUCUCCAGUUUUUGCAUCCUUUGUCUCAUUCUACAUCGUCAUAUUUAUUAUUGUUAUUUUAUAUCUUUUUUUUUUUUGUUUGUU